AUGAAGUCAACAAUACUCUCUUAUGCUGCCUUCCUUCUCGUCCUCAUCUUCGCUACACAAUCAAUCCCCCCUACCACUGGUGCUAAAGAUUUCGUAUAUGAUGUUACGGGGGAAAAGGUGUUGAACGAUGCUCCCUACUCCAUUGGUCCAGUGAUCUGGGCUAAGGGUGGCGGAAUCAAGUUAACUGACACAAAAAACAAUAAGAAAAUUUGCCCAUCAUAUGUAGUGCAGGAUCCUGCUGAGGUUAACAAAGGUGGCAAGUUCCUCUUUACUCUCAUCUCUGAUAAUGAAAAACAUGAAAAAUAUCUCCAAACAUCACACAUUCUUGGUAUUGACUCGGGGCGACCCAAGAAUGGUUCGUGUGAAAAGUGGACCUUUUGGCAGAUCUCCGACCCUGAAGCAAAGCCACCUUCUUCCUUGGUUACAACAGGCGGGACCAUUGAUGAUGGCCCUACAUGUUUUCAGGUUGUUGAUUAUCCUAAGCCAACAAGUUCAAAGGUGCAUAGCUACAUGCUUCAACAUUGUCCCUAUUAUUGUGGAGGCACCCCUCCUGUUCGUUGCUAUAACGUAAGCCUUUACCAAGAUAAAGGGACUAGACAUCUAAGUGUUUCUCGUGGUACUCCUUUUGAGUUUGUGUUUCAAAAGGCAAAGUAA